UCUACCAAUACGCUUAAAAUAAUAAGAAGUAGUAAAUAUUAUUACCCCUCGAGUGUUCAUAUUGUUAUCAAAUUUUUGUCAUCGAAUUUAUGUUUGUACAAUACAAAGCCAAACACAAUGCAUGUGACUUUUCGCCUUGUUCAAGUGGGAUUGGUGAUGCUGACUGUCAUAAUUUCAUUCCAAGUCGUAUACCAGGAAUACUUGGAGAACAAUUCUGUCGGCAAAAUCUCUAACCUAAAAUUCGAGUUUCCACCGCCAAGUAUGUUGAGAUCAGUCUCGUUCAACAAGGUCGGAAACGUAACCAACGUCGAACCAUUCACACAAUUUAAAUCAAAGAGUUGCCUGUUCCUAGUAGCACUGAUAAUACUAAUUAUCAUAGUUUCGUUCUUAGUCUUGUAUCUAGAACCACAUACUACCGACCACAAAAUUAAUGAUCUGGAACCUCAGGUACCACUGCAGUCAAGUAUGCCAGCUGGAUUGUAUAAUAAAGUCGGAAUCGUUUGCAACGGUGAGCCAUGCUCACAAAUCGGAGUGGAUGUUAUGUCAAGGGGAGGAAAUGCCGUAGAUGCCGCGAUAGCUACAAUGCUAUGUGACAGUGUUCUAUGUCCAGAAUACUUGGGAAUUGGUGGAGGUUUUUUAAUGAGCAUCUACCAUGCAACUACCAAAAAAGUAAUCACGAUCAAUGCACGAGAAACAGCUCCAGCCGCAGCAAGUACUUCGAUGUUUGUAAAAGACCCCAAAAAAUCAAUGCUUGGAGGAUUGGCAAUCGCGGUUCCAGGAGCGCUAAAAGGCUACUCGGCUAUAUAUAAAUUAUACGGUGGUGGUGUUCCCUGGGAUUUUGUAUUCGAGCCAGCUAUAAAAUUAUGCGAAGAUGGUAUAGAUAUCAGUGAACGUCUAGAGAAAAACAUGAAGAACAAUCAAGAUAUGAUUAAGAAUGAUCCAGCGCUAAGAGAAUCAUUUUACGAUGAAGAAUCUAAUAGAGUUAAAACUCUUGGACAAAUUUACAAGUUACCUAAAUUAGCAGAAACUCUGAAAACAAUAGCGAAAGAAGGWGUGGAUGCAUUUUAUAAUGGUUCAUUGACGUCUAAAGUGUUAGAAGAUUUAAAAAAAGUAGAAAGUAUAAUCACCAAAGAAGAUUUAGCAAAUUAUAAUGUUGAAAUAGAAGAAUCUUUUCCCGUUAAGUUGAAAAGUGGACAUACAAUACACACAGGACCACCACCUAGUUCUGGUAUAAUAUUAGCUUACAUACUCCGUCUGUUGGAUGGCAUUUUACCAGCGCCGAACGCAGGCUUGGACGCUCAUCGAUUGGUAGAAGCUUUCAAAUUUGGUUACGGUGAGAGAACCYAUUUAGGAGAUCAAACAUUUGUAGACGUGUCACAGAUUUAUGAUAAAGUCAAAUCGGAUCGUUACAUGGAUAGUGUACGUUGUAAAAUGUCUGACACUUUUACUUCAUCAGAUCCUAAAUAUUACGGCGCUGACUUUCAUAUGCCAGAGAAUAACGGGACUGCUAACAUAGUGGUAACGGAUUCAUCGGGAACUACUGUCGUGUGCACUAGUACACUAAACACAUUUUUCGGAUGUGGAUUCAUGUCUCCCAGCACUGGUAUCAUUUUUAAUAACCAAAUGAAUGAUUUUUCUUCUCCGGAAGUUGUAAACAACUAUGGAAUUCCGUCUUCACCAGCCAAUUUCAUAGCACCAGGCAAACGACCAAUGUCUUCAAUGUGCCCGACUAUAAUUACCGACAAAAAUGACAAUCUUGUUCUUGCUAUUGGAGGAUCGGGUGGAUCAAAAAUCACUAUUACGAUUGCCUAUGUUUUAGCCCUUAAAUUGUGGUACAAUAUGACAUUAAAAGAAGCGAUAGACAAGCCUAGAAUUUAUCACCAACUUGUUCCUAUGACAAUUCUAUAUGAAGACGGCACGACAAAGGACGUUGUUCAAAAACUUAAAGAUAUUGGUCAUCCUGUGAUAAGAUUAAAUAAUGUCGUUUCAGCAGCAACAGCUAUUGAAAAAUCAGCAGCAGGAAUGAUUGUAGCUAUGCCAGAUUUCCGUCGACCAGGAAAUUCAUGUGGAUAUUAAUGCGAUAAAUUCUGACUAAAUUAAUUGAUCUUAUUUUAAAAACAUUAUUGUAUAUUUUGUAAGCUAGUUUAACAAUUAUUUUUUUGAAGCUUUUUA